CUUGAGCAAAUGUAAGUAACCUAAUACUCUGCUGUACUCGCAACGACAAAAAUCCACCGUUGUGAUGAGAUGAUCUUGUCUCGAUUUGAUUUUAAUCACAACUGACGACACUCAUUUUGCGUCAAAAAAAACGCUUGCUCUGCUUUCUCAGGUGUCGCUUUGGCAUCGACGCUGAAUCUGAGUCCUGAGACGAUGGGAGAAGUCUGGGAGGCACACAGUCUGAACAAAGAGAAUCUUACCGAGCUUACAAUGCAUCAAUUCGAGUCAUACAAAAACGAACUUAUCAAAGCCUCGUCCCUGGCGCCAAUCAUCCCCGAUGUUCCGCCAAGUUCGGGUUCACCAAUGGGAGCUACGAUGGCUUCCCGCAAAUCAGCGAUCAAGCGAGAGUCCCCUGCCGCAGCGACAAUGGUCACUCCGACGUCUUCUACAAAGCGCCAAAAGCAACAAUCUCCGGACGACCUUGUCACCUCCUCCGUAGACCGCGUGGCAAUAGAUGGAAAUGCUGUUCCGAGUCCCGUGCGAAGCGGUACCGGUGUUGCCACUGUCUCGUCGACGACAAAGAAGCCUAUCAAUUUGCCUAAGUACGAGGAACGAACCAAGGUGGGACACGUCGUUGCAUCAUAUCCGGCCGGUAGCACCAGAAGUGAGAGGGAUUCGGAUGCAGCACGCUGCCCGUGUGUCCUGACGACCAGCAGCGAAGGAGAUGCCAAAGAGGACGACUUUGGCGCUGAUGUGACACGUUUCAACAUUGCCAAGCCCUAUCGCUACAUGUUCACAACGAUGGAAGAUCGCGCCGAUGCCCUCCAGCGUCAUCUGGUCCGAAUGAAAGAUGCCAUCGUCGAGGACAUUAACACUGAAACCGCCAAAAAAAUGAGUACCAAGCAAGACGAUGUUGCAGCAUCUUUCGAAGAGGUCAAUGUUCCCCGGCAGGACCCAUCGACAUGCAUUGGUAGAAUUUGUAACGAGGCUCACAUUGGAAGGCUAAACUCGACAUCGGUUGUGUUGGAGGGAUCGGCCUCGUCUUGCGGGGGUGCAAGAGUGAACGUCGACCUGUCGCAGAUGCAGUCUGAACAGCAGCAACAGCAGGGAUAUUCUCUAUUUCCCGGCCAAAUUGUCGCCAUCGAAGGCAUGAACGGUACGGGACGAAAGAUUACAGCCACGAAAGUUAGAGAGGGUGCGCCCCUACCACCGGCAUCGUCUUCCUGCGGUGCGAUCCGCAAAUGUUAUUACACUGAUGAUAAACAUAGUUCACCCCUCAAGUUGAUCUCGGCAUGCGGUCCUUUCACCACCGCCAACAAUAUGGAAUACCAACCCUUCAUCGAUUUGAUACAUGUUGUAAUUGAUGAAAAGCCUGAUGUGGUUGUCCUGAUGGGACCCUUUGUUGAUGUUAGGCAUGAAGCGGUGAAGUCAGGAAGACCCGAGUUGGAUGGAGUUAUAGUUGAUUAUGAAACUAUCUUUGCCCAAAACAUAUCUGGAGUCAUUGAGGAAUGUUUUGAUUCCGCUGAUUUGCAAACGGAAUUUGUCUUGGUGCCGGCACUGGAGGAUGCAACUUCAAAAUUCGUGUAAGUGUUGGCAACUGAUGCGUUUGUUAUUCGAUGUUCGAGUUUCAAACCUCGGUUUGUACCUUUUGGGUUGCUUCUCAAUCCCUUCUUUGUUCAAAUUGUUUCGAAAUCUUGCACGCGCCGUCAUUCAGCUACCCUCAACCUCCUCUUCAAGAUAGAUUGGCAAAUGGUGCAAACCUUUUGGACAUUCCUGGCGCUGAUGUCACUGACUUUGGUUCUUCGGGGCUGCACCGCCUGACAAAGCCUCAAAAGAACGGAAAAAUCCGUCUCCGUUGCCUCUCCAACCCUUGCACGUUCAGAGUCAACGAGCUGGUUUUUGGUGUCACCUCCACCGAUGUCCUUUUCCAUAUGAGUGUCGAAGAGACCAACGCCAAUCUUCCAGUCGGAUCAAGGAUGCGCCGAAUUUCUCAGCAUAUGAUUCAGCAACAAAGUUAUUAUCCCCUUUUCCCCCCGAAUAGAUCGGUCAAUUUGGA